AUGAAGCGUGGCUUCCUUCUGUUUGAUUCCAAGUCCAAGUCCAAGAAGAACAUGGAAACCACCCACAGCUGCGAAGUUCAAAGUGCAUCCCCAAAUCCUUGCAACAGUUCCAAAGCUACAGCUGCUCCCUCGAACGCUCAGGCCAAGAAGAAUACCAAGCCCAAAUCCGAGGUUGUGACUCCGUUUUCUGUGGAGGAACUUGGGGGCACUGUCAGCAGUGAAGAAGGAGAGUCUGACAGUGUUAUUGCAAUCAGCCGGGAUGACGCCAAGAAAUUCCAAGUGAAGAUCACCAAUGAGCAGAUCCUUCUCUUCUACGGUGAGGACGAGGAUUCAGAAGAUGGCUCAGAUAAGAACCACUGGGAACGUCCACGCUUGGAAUUUAUGGCGGGUACCAAGGUGGAACACAGGGUGGGCAGCCGCGGGCGCAAUGGCAGCAAACAGCGGCUGCGCCCAAAUGCCUUGGAGGCUUGGGGCGAUGGAACCGGAUGUCUCACCACUCCGAAAUCCGUCAGAAGCAACAACUUCUUCCGGCAAAACAGCCAAGACGACAUGCAGUUCGUGGACGGCCGCGAGUUCGGAUGGAGCGUCGCGCACCAGGCCUGCAACCGGGGCAACCUCCAACUGGUACGUCAGCUGUCACGGAAGGGGGAAGCCUUGCUGCAGAAGUGUCAGGCUGGCAACUCAGUGUUGCACGUGGCGGCGCGCUCGGGGCAACUUGAGGUUGGGGGGGAAGGGUCGCUGGGAGGUUGUGGGGAUUUGUCGGCGGUGGUUAGCCCAGUUUAG